AUGGAAUCAGGAAAUCAGACACGUGGUUUAGAAUUUUUACUCCUGGGAUUUUCCCAAGACUCAGAAAAGCAGUACAUCUUAUUUGGGCUGUUUCUAUCUGUGUUUGUGGUCACUGUGUUCGGGAAUCUGCUCAUCAUCCUGGCCAUCAGCUCAGACCCCCACCUCCACACCCCCAUGUACUUCUUCCUUUCCAACUUGUCCUUGGCUGACAUAGGUUUCAUCUCCACCACAGUCCCCAAGAUGAUUGUGAACAUCCAGACACAGAGCAAAUCCAUCAGCUAUGCAGGCUGCAUCACCCAGAUGUGUCUUUUCAUGGUUUUUGGAGGUAUGGACACUUUUCUGCUGACUGUGAUGGCCUAUGACCGCUUUGUGGCCAUCUGUCACCCCCUGCACUACACAGUCAUCAUGAACCCUUGCCUCUGUGGUCUGCUGGUUCUGGUGUCUUGGUUCACCAGCUUGUCACACUCCCUGAUCCAGAGUCUGUUGAUGUUGCGGCUGUCCUUCUGUACCAACUGGGUCAUUCCACACUUUUAUUGUGAUCUUGCUCAGGUCCUCACACUUGCCUGUUCAGACACACUCAUCAAUUACAUCCUGCUGUAUAUGAUGACUGGACUUCUUGGCAUUGUUCCCUUCUCAGGGAUCCUUUUCUCCUACACCCGCAUUGUCUCCUCCAUUCUGAGAAUCCCAUCAGCUCAUGGGAAAUAUAAGGCAUUUUCUACCUGUGCAUCUCACCUCUCUGUGGUUUCCUUGUUCUAUGGGACAGGCCUUGGUGUGUAUUUCAGUUUUGAUUCAUCUUCCUGGAGAGGCAUGAUCGCCUCGGUGAUGUACACUGUGGUCACCCCCAUGUUGAAUCCCUUCAUCUACAGCCUGAGGAACAGGGACAUCAAGAGGGCUCUACAAAAAGUCCUUGGAAGAACACUCUGUGUUCAGUGGAAGGAACACUGUUCCAAGGGUUUUGAGCUGACAGUGAUAGCAGUAGUUGGCUAA